AGGAAAGGAUGUGACUAGAGGCUCUCUCGCGCGUGCCUCAGCGGCCCUUUACUCGGUACGCCGUUUGUUUGUGUACCUCCUGCCUUUACCGUCGAAAUGGAGCUCGGUGGAAAUUAGCAGGCGUGUACCUCUUCGAGUUCUCAUCCUUACCUUUGGAGAAUGAUCCACCGGCAGGUUAUUUUCUCUCAGGUUUUGGUCUGCUUUGGGUUGACUGGUCAUUAUGCUGAUGCAGCUCUGUAGUAUCAAGAACUUGUACCAGAAUCGGUUCUUGGGCCUGGCGGCCAUGGCCUCCCCAACCCGCAGCAGCCAGACCCGCCAGCGCUGUAAGGAUGCGGUUCGUCACAGCUACAGCCCAGAGACCUACACUGUCAAUGGUCUGAACCAGGAGGCCUUCAUGCUGGGGCUGUCGCGGUCCACCAGUGACACUGAUCUGGUCUCCCCAGACGCUCGCUCCACCCUCACCAUCAGCUCCUCCCACUACACCAUAGGCCAGUCUGAAGACCUGGUGAUCACAUGGGACAUCAGGGAGGAGGUAGAUGCUGGAGACUGGAUCGGCAUGUAUCUUGUUGAUGAGGCUUUGUCUGAGAACUUUCUGGACUAUAAGAACCGAGGCAUCAACGGAUCUCACAAGGGACAGAUCGUUUGGAAAAUUGAUGCCAGCUCCCACUUCAGUGACUCCGAGACCCAGGUCUGCUUCAGGUACUACCACGGUGUCACCGGAGCACUGAGGGCGACCACACCCAGCAUAACCAUCAAGAAAGGCUCUGCAAAUGUAUUAAAGCCAGUGGUUAUUCCUGAAGUCAACCAUGGACUGGGCAACAGGAGACUCAUUAACUUUUCCUUGUCAGACCUCCAGGCAGUUGGUUUGAAGAAGGGGAUGUUCUUCAAUCCUGACCCCUACCUGAAGCUCUCCAUCCAGCCUGGAAAACACAGCAUCUUCCCCUCACUGCCACACCACGGCCAGGAGAAACGCUCCGGAGUGGUCUGCAACACAGUCAACCCACAAUGGAGCACGGAGAGGUUUAACUUUGUGUCUCUGCCGACUGACGUCCUGGAGAUCGAGGUGAAGGAUAAGUUUGCCAAGAGUCGGCCAAUCAUCAAACGCUUCCUGGGGAAGCUCUCUGUCCCUGUCCAGAGGCUGCUGGAAAAACAUGCCAUUGGGGAUCGGGUAGUGAGUUAUUCGCUGGGUCGGAGGUUGCCGACUGAUCAUGUCUGCGGCCAGCUGCAGUUCCGCUUUGAGCUGACCUCCUCUAUUCACCCAGAUGAUGAGGAGGUCUCCCUCGUCAUAGAGCAAGCCUGUCCUGAGGGGGAAAAUGCAGUAAAUGGCAACCAUGCUGCUGAUGGACCUGAUGAUGACACACUAAGUGUGGGACCUGACAUGCCUGACCUCCCCCUGGAUGCCCCUCCUGAGACCUCCGAACCACUAUCUUCCACAGUGGAAGCCUCCACACCUGAGGAGGUCCAACCUGCUGAGAAGGCCGAGGCGACACCAGAGGUGGAGCAAGGAACUGUGGAGGAGGAGAGCACAUUGAGGGAGGAGCUCCUGUCUACAGAGCCCCAGGUGGAGCGGGAGGAGGGGGCCUUGGCUGAACAGCAGGAGGAGAACAGUGGAGCGGAGGGAGAGGUGGGAAGAAGGGAGGAGAGGCUGCAGGAGGAAGAAGAGGAGGAGCAGAGAGCAGAGUCUGCACCACAAGCUGAGGAGGAAGUGACAGUAGAAGAAAAGGAGGUUGGAGAGGAAACACAGCCAAAACCAGACUCAGACAAUCCUGUAGCAGCAACAACAAACAAUGGGGCUUCUACUGAGGAGGCCCCCACAGAGGGAAACAUCACAUCCCAGGAGGCCACUGUAGAACCAGCUGAAGGGGCCCCACAGGAGGUGACAGAGGGAGGAGAAAGAAGCUGCGUCCCCUGUACCUGCCAACCCCUCUUCUCAAACUACAACUCCCAUACUCCCUCACGCCGUAAAAACCGCCCCUGCUCGCUUCCGGUGUCAGAGCUAGAGACGGUGAUCGCGUCAGCCUGCGGUGAGCCAGAGACACCCCGUUCCCACUACAUCCGGAUUCACCACCUCCUCCACAGUCUCCCCUCUGCCCGACACAGAGCUCCCAGCCAGGAGGAGGAGGAGACCGGGGAGGGAGAGAAUACAAGCAUCACUCAAGAUACCACCUCUACAUCACCAACACUUAAAACCUCCAAAGAAGAGGAGGGGCAGGAGGAUGAUGAAGAGGAGGAUACAACUCAGUCUCCCUCUCAGGUCCCAGAGUGUCCUGGCUCCUGCUGCCGUCGCUCCCUACCCCGCAGCCUCUCCAUUGAACGCCUCUCUGAGCUGAACCAGCUCCUGGAAGGUGAAGGAGUAGGAGGAGGACAUGCAGCUGUCAGGAGGAUCUCUCCCUCCUGCCUGGAGAGCGAGGAGGGGGAUUCCAGUAACGAAGGAGGAAGAAGAGUUGGCGGGAGCACUUACAGACCUCCAGGUGAGAACGAGUGUGAGUUUUGCGACACCUCCUGCUACAGCACCUCCUGCUACAGCACUUCCUGUUACAGCACAUCAUGCUACAGCAACUCGGGCUACGAGGGGAGGAGCCGCUUCUGCAGCCACACCCGCCUCUCCUCAGUGGACAGCAACAGACUCUCCGGCAGCACCGUGUUCUCCUCCCAGGACGAAGAUGAAGAUGAGGAAAGCGCCUUUGAGUCAGUACCUGACGCUGGCCACACACCAGAGGGCCAGGAGGUGGGCGGGGCAGGAGGAGAGAGGAGGACAGGGAGGUGGAAGGAGGCCAGGAGAGGAGAGCAGGGGGAGCCGGCUGUGGCGGGGCCCAGCGAUAGGAACAACUUCGGCUCAGGCUUCUCCCCUCCUGUUGGCCAUCUUCCAGUCCUGCGACCCAGCCAUGACCUAAAUCAUUUUCCUGCUGCCACUGACCAAGCCUUACCUCCAAACUGGGAAGCUCGUAUCGACAGCCAUGGCAGAGUUUUCUAUGUGGACCAUGUCAACCGGACCACAACCUGGCAGAGACCGAGCCACAGCAGCAAGUGUAACCACGGCAUCCCCCGCUCAGGAUCCACCCAGCAGAUGGAACAACUCAACAGGAGGUACCAGAACAUCCAGAGGACCAUGGCCACAGAGGAGGAUGGUGGGAGUCAGAGGUUAGAGCGGAGCGGCAGUACAGAGACUGAUUCGGAUUCUCCUCAGACGGCCCCCGCCUCCCCGGUAAAUUACCAGAAGAUCAGCCAUCUCCUCCAAUCUCCUGCCGUCAAGUUCAUCACACACCCAGAAUUCUUCACUGUGUUGCACAGCAAUUAUGCAGCCUACCGAAUGUUCACCACCAGCAGCUGUGUGAAACACAUGAUCCUGAAGGUGCGUCGCGAUGCCAGGAACUUCGAGCGCUACCAACAUAACCGGGACCUGGUGGUUUUCCUCAACAAGUUCGCAGACACUCAGCUGGAGCUGCCGAGAGGCUGGGAGAUCAAGACUGACCCCCAGGGCAAGUCUUUCUUUGUGGACCACAACAGUCGAGCCACGACCUUCAUCGACCCUCGCAUCCCUCUGCAGAACGGCCGGCUGCCCGGCCACCUCGCCCACAGGCAACACCUGCAGAGAUUACGCAGCUACAGUGCCGGGGAGGCCUCUGAUGUGUCCAGGAGUCGUGGGGCUUCUCUGAUGGCCAGGCCUGGAAACAGCCUGGUAGCCGCCAUACGAAGCCAGCAUCACACUGACUCACAACAACUGACCACUCCGUCUUACAAUGACAAGAUAGUGGCGUUCCUUCGACAGCCGAACAUAUUUGACAUGUUGCAGGAGCGACAGCCCAGCCUUAGCAGAAACCAUGUGCUGAGGGAGAAAAUCCACUACAUUCGGACAGAAGGUACUCAGGGGGUGGAGAAGCUGUCAUGUGAUGCAGACCUAGUCAUCCUGUUAAGUUUAUAUGAAGAGGAAAUCAUGUCUUAUGUUCCGCCUCACCCCAUCCACCCUGGCUUCAGCUUCUCUCCUCGCUGUUCCCCCACCUCCUCACCACAGAACUCUCCUGGCUUGCAGAGGGCCAGGGCUCCAGCUCCUUACCGCAGAGACUUUGAAGCCAAACUAAGAAACUUCUACAGGAAAUUAGAAGCCAAGGGCUACGGCCAGGGACCAGGCAAGAUCAAGUUGCUGAUCAGGAGGGAACACUUGCUGGAGGGAACCUUUAAUCAGGUGAUGGCGUACUCCCGCAAAGAGCUGCAGAGGAACAAACUCUACGUCACUUUCCUGGGAGAGGAGGGCUUGGACUACAGUGGUCCGUCCAGAGAGUUCUUCUUCCUCUUGUCUCAGGAGUUGUUCAAUCCAUACUACGGACUGUUUGAAUACUCAGCUAACGAUACUUACACUGUUCAAAUCAGCCCCAUGUCCGCAUUUGUUGAGAAUCAUCUGGAAUGGUUCCGUUUCAGUGGUCGUAUCCUGGGCCUGGCUCUGAUCCACCAGUACCUGCUGGAUGCUUUCUUCACCAGACCCUUCUACAAGGCCCUGCUCAGACAGCCGACAGACCUGUCUGAUCUGGAGUACCUGGAUGAGGAGUUCCACCAGUCUCUGCAGUGGAUGAAAGACAACGACAUCACUGACAUCCUGGACCUCACCUUCACCGUCAAUGAGGAGGUCUUUGGCCAGGUGACGGAGCGGGAGCUGAAGUCGGGUGGCUCCAACCUCCAGGUGACUGAGAAGAACAAGAAGGAUUAUAUAGAGCGAAUGGCCAAGUGGAGGGUGGAGAGAGGAGUGGUGCAGCAGACAGAGGCGCUGGUCAGAGGCUUCUAUGAGGUGGUGGACUCCAGGCUGGUGUCUGUGUUCGAUGCGCGGGAGUUGGAGCUGGUUAUCGCCGGUACAGUAGAGAUCGACCUCAGUGAUUGGAGGAGCAACACAGAGUACAGAGGAGGUUACCAUGAUGGUCACAUAGUGAUGCGGUGGUUCUGGGCCGCCGUGGAGCGCUUCAACAAUGAGCAGCGUCUCCGCCUGCUGCAGUUCGUCACUGGGACGUCCAGCGUGCCCUACGAAGGCUUCGCUGCGCUGCGGGGAUCCAACGGCCUCCGCCGCUUCUGCAUUGAGAAGUGGGGCAAAGUCACGUCACUACCCAGAGCUCAUACCUGCUUUAACCGCCUGGACCUGCCUCCAUACCCGUCCUACACCAUGCUGUAUGAGAAAGUGCUGAUCGCCGUGGAGGAAACCAGCACGUUCGGCCUGGAGUGAGACAGACAAAUCAACACUGCGUCCCUCUCUGUGCAACACUGGCUGGGCUAAAAUGCGAGAAUAAAACGCGGCUCUCGUGCAUUUAAUACGUCAUAAAGAUACCUGGAUUGUACUCAACAAAGUUUUUGGUCAUGUGGAUUUAUAUACAUCACUGUUUUAGAGUCUCUCACUUAGCUGUGAGGAUCUUUAUGACAGCAGCACAGCAGGACUACGGUUAUUUUUAUAUUAAUCACUAAGACUGUAGAAUAUGAAACACAACAACUUUUUUUAAAAAAUAUUUAUAUAUAUAUAUAUAUAUAUAUAUAUAUAUAUGUAUGUAUACAUAUAUAUGUAUGCAUACCUAAAGAAAGGGUAUGUAAAAUGGAAUCAAGAUCAUUUAAAGUUGCAUGUAGCAAAAUGCAUCAUCCACCCAAUGGUAAAAAUAUUUACUAUAAUAGAAAAUGCAACAGCAACAAGUAAAAUGAUAGCUCCACAAUAUCGAUGAAACAAGAACUUUACAUAAAAUCUAAGACAUUAUUAUGAAAGCUAAAUACUUGAGAACUUGGUGGAAUUUAUCUUUAAAUUUAUCCUUACACCUGGGUUGAAAAUUUGAAUUCACAGAAAAGAUUUAAGUGAUAAAGUAAUAAAUGAUCAAACCUACAGAAUGCCCAUAUACUGCAAAACAAAUGGAACGAAUAGAAUCUGAAAGAAAAAUAAAAGAAAUAUAGACAGGUAGCUUGCAACACGUUCAAAUCUUGACGUAUACAUUUGUACUUUUCUCUGAAUUCAAACUUGAAUGCGAAUGAUGUGUGAACAUUCCAGCACACAAAUUCUCAGGUGGCUUGUUGCUCUCAUUCAGAUAAAUCUAUAAAUGUGGCUUUAAAGAAGUAAUUCAAAGUAUAAUGCAGAUUUAAAAAAGCUCAUCAGAUGGAUGCAAAGUCUGAUAGCCCUGAUGCCAAAGCAAAAAUCAUGUCUGGUUUUUAAUCUGGAGAGCCUACAAGGAUCAUUAUGUAUUUUGUCUGGACCAUGGCGGGCCAGUAGCAACCUGCCUGAGGAUCUGGUACAUAAGGAAUUAAAGAAAUGCGAUGUAGCCAUUCAAGGCCUUAGUGGUGAUGAGUAGAACCUUACAAUCAAAUCGAAAACUAUAACCAAUGUCAAGAUGCUUAAAUUGUAUAGAUGUUGUCUGUUUGCUCCAGUCAGAUAAUGUUUGUAGAUAAUUAAAUGAGUCCAGGAAGAAAAUCUGAACCCUGAGGAACUGAAGGACCACUGAAGUGAUACGUCAAUGUCAAUAAUGCUGUUACAAUAUUCCUCAGUAAUGAGCAGAGACACAAGAGAGGUGUUAAAAGUCUUUUAGGAAUUAGUCUGGCAAGGUCUGGCACACUGAAACUGGGGAAAGAGUAAUAUGGGAAUACUUCAUAAACAGUGGUCCUUUGGUCUAAUUCAGGUACAGUACACUGACAGCAAAUCCAGGUAAAGGGUGUAGUAUACCCCCUUAAAUAGGUGGCCCUAAUGGGCCGAACAGCUACUACUGUACUUUUUCUAGUUCUGAUACUCGAGAAGUAUUGGUAUCGUCCAGGAAGGCCUAGAUCUGGACCUGCAGCUUCCCAUUCCCUGUCUCCCUCUGGUUCAGUCCAUGGUGAGGACAGCAGCUGGGCACAGACCUUUCAUGUUCUCCUCUGAAUGGACAGCAAUGUUACUGACAAGAACUCCAACAGUCUCUCCAAACGUUCGUGCUCUGCAAUGCUUUCAAAAGCAGAGAUGAUGUCACGUCUCCUCUGUCAAAGUAGCCAUCAAUUCCAACACAAGGGCUUCUGUGAUUCCUUCUGCGGAGACUGAAGGUGACCGUGUCGGCCAAGCAAACUGCUAGUUCGUGUUUCCUUGACAACAAAGAAAGCGCAUGUGGACACUGUCUCCAGCUGGCUAAAGGGGACUUUCUGUGAAUCCUGUUGGCCAGAGUGGUGCUUCCUCUUUCAGCAUCUCUGGUCCUGCUGUUUGAAUGGGAGCUGCUCGUACUCUUAUUCCAGUCCUCCACUGAUGGACGUCCUCUCUCUGUGUACCAUCACCAUGGUGUUGCUCUUUGCACGGAGCAGGUACUCCAAUAUCUGAGCCUUUACUGUCUCAAAAAACGUGACUGGUGCAAAGCAGCAUGUAGGUUUCCAAAGGCCUGGGAUCAUUGGAUCGGCUCCCAGAACCAAUCCGGCCCUUCUGGUAUAAACUUGUGUACUGGGGCCCUUGGACAAACCAGUGUAAUAUAUGCAAUAGUUAAGACCUUUACUCCAAUCUAUUCCACAGUCUACCAUGUUCUUUCAGACAAUGAUGACUGCAGUGUACCCUCAGCAGUACCAGCCCCUUGUCUACAUCUCCAGUCCAGUACUGAAACUGUGCCUCAGUUAGUUACUGCCUCAUAUGUGGCCUGUGGCGUUGUGGCGCUUAGUGGUUAGUACUUGACAUAAGGAAAGUCCUGAGUUCAGAUAUUUGCUUUGGUUCUUUAUGAAAACAGUUUGCAUGUUCUCCUAGUGUUCUUAUGGGUUUCCUCUCGUGCUCCAAACACAAGUCAGGUUCAUUGGAGACUCUGUUACCCCAUUUACACUUAGCCACCUCAUACAUCUUGGGCAGGUAGCUGUCUGAUAUCGAUGAAGCCAAGUAUAAAUGCAACCAAGAAGCAUUAAAGCUGGAUUCAAAUCCAACAGAUUUUAGCCAGAUGUUGAAAAGGUAUAAAAGCUUUCAUCUCUCAAAGCUGCAUACAUUAUCUUUACUCAUACCUGGUUGGUCAUUGCAACCGUUGAAUUAUCUGUAUGGUUAAAGGGGAACUCCACUAAUUUUACCCAUCAAAGACUUUUUACAGGUGUUGGGGAGUUUUACUGCAUAUGUGAAAAAGUAGUAUAAAGCCUUUUGUGUCUCCAGACGGAGCUGUGUGAAGUCUGAUAAAUGUCCUCAAGUGAUGUCACUUGAGUCAGCGUCGGUUGGAUCUGAAGACUACAGGUUAGAAAAUGAAACAAAUGUGUUGGUGUGGAGUUAGAAAGAAGUGAGGCUCCAGGCUACUAGCCUCACAACACACCCAAAUCCUUGAAUGAACUGUCGGCUGCCGAGUUGCAUUUUGGGUAAUGUAGGCGCCACAUUUUGACAAGGAACAACAAUGUGUGGAAUAAAAAAGACGACAUCUCUGGUUCUGCUGCAUUGGUUUUGAUACUUUUUUUUACACUGUACAUCUUGAGUCUGACAAUGUUAUAGGAGUGUAAUGUUCUUUUAAGAGAGCAGGGUUAGUGUGUGAUGGCUUGCAAAAUGUUUCUCUCAUUUGUAGUCCAUUCAUGCGAGCUGUCCAUGUAUUUGUGUUAGUUGCAGAGUUGUUAGCUAGCUAGCUAAACUUAGUUUUUAGCUGAGGCUAUUCCUCUCCUGGUGUUUUUUGACUGUCACAAAAACCUUCAGUUGGAUUACCACCACCCUCUGGAUCAGAAUGGGUCCUACCUACAUUUGCAUCUAGUGCAAGAAAAGCAAGACGGUUGCAUAUAAUGCAUGUGGCUAAGUAUAAAUGAAAAUGUAUUAAAUCACAUCUAGAGUUUAUCCAGAUAUGCGGCCCAGUAUCCCCGGGACUUACGUCCGUAUUAGAUGAUACAGUACCUCACAAUUUACGUCCAGCGAGCUGGAAAGUAACGGUGUGGAGGUCGGGGUGGUGGAUGGAUGCUUAGUGCGUCAAACUUUCAUGCAGGAGACCAGAGUUUGCGUCCCGUCACAGAGCUGCAAUUAAGGUUUUUUUGCCCAGCUCUAACCACACCGUAACCGGAGUUUAUUAGUCAUGACGACAAUCUUUCCCUAACCUUAAUCAUACUGUAGUUGAAAUGCGCAUAUAUUGUACAAAGCACAAAGAUUUUUUUUCAUUGUUGGCAUUGGAUGUAAAAAACGUUGUCAUUGAACGUUAUCUGGGGUUUCACAGAAUCAUCCAAUAUCGACAUUCUUGUCUGGCAUUGGGUUUAAGAUAUGAGACCCUUGAAAUGCCAAGUGUAAAUGGGGCCUAAAUCACUGCGAGUUUAAAGGGUUUGUCAGUUGGCCCCAACAGAGAUUGGCAACUUGUACACCUUCUUUCCCUGUCAUUCACCCAAGGCAUGCUGGGAUGGGCUCCAGCCCCCCACCCCUGACUAAGCGGGCGGAGGAGCAGAUAGAUGCGACCUCUGAAGUGUUUAACACACGUCUGCAUGUUUGUCAGCUGCGAGAACUUGGCCACAGCUGAACUUCUGACCGUCAUUAACCAUCAGCAGCCUGUCGGAUUUCAUGGAAUGAUCUGAUACUAUUUUCUUAAAUAACGAAACUUCACUUUUUUAUCAUUUUCAUUUGAAAGACUACUGAGAUAAACAUCUCAAAUGAUGUGCGAUAUUGCUUAAAUGGUGCUUUAUUUGCGGGCUAGCUACAGAAAUGAUCACAAUGGGGUAGUGGGGCGCUAACAGAAAUAGAGGAUUUUCCUGUUUGAUUCUUGCAGAGGUUCAGGCCACUACAUAUAUGAAAAUUUAAGCAUGAAUUUGAUUAGAAUCAGAUCACUCUUCUGGUACUGGCUGCCAGAUCAUUAGUACUGCACUCAUCCUUGGCAGUGGCGAGGCCUUAUCCCCUCAUCUCUACAGGCAGGAGGACGAGGCUGUGAUUAUGUUGCAUCUUCCGUCUUUUUUUCUACAAUCUUUUGUACUGUUAUUUAUACUGUAUUGUAUUUAGAAGUAAAGGGAAGUCCUGAAGCUUUCCUUGAAUGUUUUGUUAGUUUGCAGUUUUUUGAUGUUGUGAUAAGAAGCAUCAGUCGAAGAGUUUGCCUUCACUUUUGGAGCCUUUGUGUUUUGAUAUGUGUCUUUUCUAUUAUCUGUUAAGCUGGCUGGUUAUCUGUCGCUCAGUGCAGAAAAUGUGCUGCUCUGGUUUCUGUUUCCAUUCGGCUUACAGUAUUUCUCCUUUUCUGUUCACCACUUUCUCUGGCGGCAUCAUCAGUUUCAUUAUUAAGGUUCUGUCAAUGUUUUCAGGAAAUUCUUCCAUGUCACAGAUGUCUCACUAUGUCAUAUAUUUCAUAUCAACAAGUAAUCUGUGCUUUGUGCAGUUUAUGACAAAAGAUGAGAUAGAGAAUAAGAUAGAGAUUUUUUUGUAAUUUGUUGAAAAUGUAAAGACUGUAGGGGCGUCUUGUUUUUAUUGGGUUGAUAUGUUCAUAUGUGCUGGUAUUUAUUUUAAAAAGAAUGGUUAAGAACACUCCCAUAACACUGAUAUUCAUCACAGCUAUUAUAGAAAUAUUUAAAUAAGCUUUUUGAGAAGUAAAAAGUCAUGGAAUAUCUCCAAAUGGCGUACGGUGGUGGCAAAUUGUAGCAGCUGUUUGGUAUUUGUGUCUUUUCAAGAUAUUUAUUUGUCUUUAUUUUCUUUUUUUAAAGGGAAUUUAACAAAGGGAAUAUGUGAAUGACUUGAUGGAUGGUGGCAUGGGAGCUGAUACUGAAGCAUGCAUAUUGUUUUGUUUUGUUUCGUAAUAAUGUUGAAAAGUACAGUUCUGAUUGGUCUGAGAACGGGUUGCUAAAUACUCACUGUGCUAUCGCUCCACCACACAAUACAGCUGUUUAUGAAUCUCAAUAAAAAGGUCACUUUGUUA